AUGGCCGACACCACGCCCUCAGACAACCAGCCUUCGCUGCAACCUCUCCAACGGCCAUCCGUCUCUGCCCUGUUCUGGCUCGGCCUCUCCUACAUGCCGCUCCUCGUCCGUGUUUCGCUUCUACACACGCUCAACCUCUCGGAGACGUCUGCGUACAAUGACCUUCGGAGCGUCCUGACGGUAGCUUUCCUACGAGCCUUCAUCGCCCCCAAGGCGCGCGGCGGAAUGUUUACUCGAACCCAAAACCGGUCGUUACCCCAGCUGCCCGUCAAGGGACGCCUGUGGAUCAGCAAAUAUACAACUCCCCAGCUGCCAGAUCCAGCGUCCUUGAAGCUGGCAUUGGCCAAGGCCAUUGAGACGCUGAACAAUCCAGACGUGCCGGCUCCGGUCCUUGACAUGCCCGAGGCUGUCCCAGUAUACAGCGAGUGGACGGGAUACCGAGCGGACGCCAAAGAGGACGAGUCCUUGCCCGACAUUUCUGAACAAGACAAGUAUGCCGAGAUGAUGAAGGAAGUAAAGGCCCACACGACCGUCCUUUACUUUCACGGCGGUGGACAUGCGCUGAUGGAUCCAGCUACGCAUCGUUCCACUGUGAAGAAGCUGGCCAAGAUUACAGGUGGUCGAGCUUUCUCUGUCCGGUAUAGGCUUGUGCCGCAGAACCCGUUUCCCUCUGCCCUUUUGGACUGCUUUGUGGCCUAUCUGGCUCUUCUCUACCCUCCACCCGGGUCGUGGCACGAGCCUGUGAAGCCGGAGCAUAUCGUUUUUGCAGGAGAUAGCGCCGGGGGCAAUCUGGCAAUGUCUUUGUUACAAGUCGUCGUCGAACUCAACCGCCUGGGCCAACGCAUCCUGUGGCAUGGCAAGGAGUGCGCGAUACCCAUCCCCGCCGCAGUCGCCUGCAACUCGCCGUGGCUCGACUUAUCCCAUAGCUCAGAGCCGUUCUACGGCAAGAGACCCGCGACUUUCGACUACCUCGGCCCUCCCGGCAACCUGGGCCGGAAGGGUCUCAAGCCCUGCGCCAUAUGGCCGGCCAGCCCGCCGCGCAAGUACAUGUACGCAGCGGACGACCUGAUGACGCACCCCCUGGUAUCGCCCGUCAUGAGGCGGGACUGGUCAGGAUUUCCCCCAGUAUACAUUUGCGCCGGGUGGGAGAGACUAGCCUACGAAGACAAGUUUGUGGCGCAGAAGCUGGAGGGAGAAGGCGUAACUGUCGUGUUUGAAGAGUACGAAUCCAUGCCGCACUGCUUUGCUCUGGUGCUGACCGGCCUGCCCGAGUCUAGGCGCUGCCUGGACGGCUGGGCGGGUUUUAUCCGCCAGGCUGUGGAGGAUCCCGAGGGCCUGCGCUCACGCUCGACCACCAUCCAUGCCAAGACUCUAGAGGAGACAUGCCUGAAGUUUGAGGAUCUGUGCGACGUAUCGGAUGAUGUGGUGAGGAAGAGAGUUGUAGAUACCGUGGCUGAGAUCAAGGCGUGGAUACCCACCGAGGAGGCGAAGUUGUGA